AUGGAGCCUCCAUCUACCACUUGUUCCUUCGAUGACAACCGUCGCAUUGCACGCAGCUAUGCCGAGGAGAGCCCGCCAAGAACGAAAAUCUUGUACCUCGUGUCGGAGUCGGUCUCUACUACGCUACCCACUGAGGUUGACCUCUUGGGACGUAUCGGGCGACUGGAGUCUCUCCUCCUCCCGAAGCAUUCCUUCAAAGACGGUCAUAUCACGAGGGAUCUGGAGCCCAACCCCAGUUCCGAGGAGGUCAUCACAUCCGGAGUCCAUCAGGGACGAGACAAAGACUUGCACUUGCUCGAAAAUAUUGGUAUGAGAGAGGAUUCGCUGCUUCAUUCUAUUUCGACAGAUCUGGCGGUUCAGAUAAGAAGCACGCAGGGGAUACUUUCUACGCAAGGCUACCUGCAGCAUCCCGCAUCAACCUUGGAGGACCCCCGAUCACAUGACACCAUUCGGGUGACAUUCCCGCCAUACGAGGUAUCAGUUCUGCUCCUCGAGAAUUACGUGGACAAUGUCGACCAUGUGUGUCGCAUACUGCAUAUCCCAACUGUGCGGUCUCUCCUCAAGACCUUCUACCUGCGGAUGAGUCAAGAUGAAUCGGUUCUGCCAGGCCAAGCUGCUUUACUACUGUCGCUAUUCGCACUCAGUGCCUUUUUCUAUGAGCCCGCUCUCGGAUCUGAAGUACCGACUACUGGACGCGACGCCGUUCGCCUCUCGAAGUUCUGGAGCAGUGGUGCUCUGGACGUUCUGGAUCAUUCGCAGCGGAACACCUCGGGCACACUUGAAGAUCUUCAAGCAGUCAUCUUGAUGACUUAUGUCACCAAACACCUCGAUGGGUACUCGGCAAGAGCUCGUCUUCUGACCACAACAGCUAUUUCGAUCGCUCGGGAUCUUCGCUUACAUCGACUGGACGCUGAGAAUGAGCCCCAAAAGGAACAGGGGACCAGCAUUCGUGCCUUGGUUGACCUUGAAGUCAAACGAAGGAUAUUCUGGCACAUAGCAGCUUCGGACUGGUGGGCACCUGUCUUCUCUCCAGGCGAUUCUAUUUGGCGCUCACUUCUUAUCAGGCUAUGGUCGACCAUCUCCGGUCCACAAGAAGGCGUGUACUUCAUCCAUCCCAACCACAUCCACAUCAACCUCCCCAGCGACUGUAACUGCAACGGCGAUGAGAUGGCCCUGGACGAUGACGAUGAGGCAACAGACGCAUCCCAACCGGCCAGCAAGACAUUCUUCCUCGCCAGAGUCCGCCUCGCCCACAUCUGCCGCGAGAUGACGGACACGGUGCCGCUGGGGAUGCCUCAGCUCAGGCAGAUACCGUACGAGCAGAUCAUCACCCUCGACCAGAAGCUCACCGGUUACAUCUCAAACCUGCCGGUCUACUUCCGCCUCGAUGCCGAAAGUCGGCGCAAAAGCAAGCCUCUCGAGGCCCUAUUCCCUCAUAUCCCUAUGAUGCGAUACUGCAUCUCGACCGCGGCUCAUACCAGACGGUGCAGGCUGCAUCAGAGGUUUCUACUGAGACAGUCCUCCGACGCGCGGUAUGCCUACUCACGACAAGCGUGUCUGGAGUCCGCACGCGCGGUCAUCGCGGGUUACGAAGCUCCCCAAGCGGCGGUAAGUGGUGGCUCUUCCUCCAUCGCGACGGCGCGUAUGGAGAUCGCGGUGCACUUCACGCAUCUCGCCCUCGUGGUCAUGGUCACGGACCUGUGCUUCAAUCGGGUCGAAGGAGACGAAGAAGAGAGGAGGAAGGCGGAGGUUAGAGCUGUCCUGCACAUGCUUGAGAGCGCCAGAGAUAUCUCGAGGCUUCUGAGUCGGUCUUUGGAUUCGGUGGGUGUGAUGUUGCGGAAGCAUGGGAUACAUCUCCAGGAUGGAUCAGCCUCGGGGACUCAUGAUUUGACUGGUAACCUCGCAGGUGUGGUGCCUGACGACCAUGGCCCUUUCGACGAUGUUCAGAUGCAACAGGCUGAGCUGGAACUGGGUGGUCCGGGCCCUGGUUUCGCCAUCGGCUCUUCUUUUGGGGAUUUUUGGCAGACUGUGACGCAAGGCGAACCGAAUCUCGACUCGGUUCCUUGGGACCAGUUCUUCUCGUCUCUCGAUCCGCAACCUUUCUGA